UAAAAGUUGAAUUCGCAAGUUUUCCCUGCAAUGCACUUCCCUACGUAAAUACCACUUUGGAUGUUUGUUGGAGUUAUAUCUCAAAAAAUCGAUGAAAGUUUCACUUUUUAUUUAUCCCCAAACCUUCUCUUUCCUAUGUGCAUACAUGAAAAUGUAUGUAUGAUUGUAGAAGAUUGGGUAUACAUAUAUGUACAUGAAGUUAUAUCCACCCUUCUUUUGGCUGGCCGUAGUGAAUUAUUUUCCACCCAAAUUAGGGGUGCGUUCAUGUGGUUUUGCUUCUAGCACACGAGUAGUUGGUCUCGUUGAAAUCCAUGCUUCCUUUAAACGAGUUAGUGUGCUGGAUCUAUCAAGUAACUGUAUCACCUCUUUGGGAAAAAGUUUCCUUACGCUCAUACGGCUCGUCAAACUCGAUCUUAGCAAAAAUCAAAUCCGGUAUUUACCAGAAGAGUUUGGUUUGCUUCGUAAUUUGCGUCAUUUGGACUUGUAUGACAAUAAGUUGGAGCAUCUACCUCUAAGUUUUGGUUAUUUAACAAACUUGCGAUACUUGGAUUUGAAAGGAAACCCCUUAACACCCGCUCUGGCAAAAGUAGUUGGGUUUUGUCUCACUACGAAAGAAUGCCAGGAUUCAGCCAAAAACACUGUGAAAUUCUUGGCUCGAAUGCAAGCUGAAGCUGAAAAGGCUAAACAACAAUUUCAACUUCAGGCGCUAAACACUACUGCGGCUUUUAGUGAUUACAUUAGCACCGAAGAAAAACCACUUGAAAAUCAAAAAUCAAAAAAGUCAGCUAAGAAAGCUAAAUCAAAGUCAAAAAAAUCCACCGCACACAACAAUAAUAAUGAUAUAAGCCAUGAAGUAAACAUUGCACCAGUAAACGUUAAUAAUAAGACAACCAAGUCAAGAAAGAAUGCAAAUGGGCCAACGAAAAAGUCCAUCUCGAAAUCCAGCACAGCACUUACCACAGUUUUCACGUUUUUCAUGCUACUAGCAAUAAAUGUUUUAAUAAUAUAUAUAAUUAUGUUUAAGAAUCCAGAGAUUGCAGAUAAAUUGGUCGAGACUAUUCCUCAUCAAUAUCGUGAUUGGAUAUUGACCAAAACGGAAAUAUUUCGUCUUCGUGUCACUGAUUGGAUUUCGGAAUUUCGUACACCACCACAGGAACACUGACGGUUCAUUUAUUUGAAGCCGUAGGUCAUGUAACGAGCUUCAAAUAUGAAUGUGUAUGAAUACCAUGCAAAACACUGCAAAUAAACAAAAAACACCAAAAAUUGAUAAGUGUCGAAUGGAAACAAUAGAAGCAGCAAUAAUAAAUGCAUGCACACACGCUUAGCAGUUAGCUGUUUUACCUGAGGAUUCCGCCGCGUGCAACCAAAGAUCGUUCUAAUUAUAUGCAUAAGUUGAAAACUUGUGACUUUAAUGUGAAUACCGUAAGAAAAGGCUGCAAAGUACUUUCAGUAAAUAUUAGUUAAGGCUUUUUUACUGCCAAGAAAAUCAAUUGUAGAAUUAGUUUCCACCAUUAUGAAUUUACUUUAAGCAUCACAUCAUUAAACCAACCACAGACUUUGUUUACUAUCCGUAAUCCUCUCCAGCAGAUGCAGUCAGAUAAAAACUAAACUAUUUCAACAACUGCAGACUACAUAACUAUAAGGCUACUCAGUUUCAACUAUAUUAUAACAAUAUCAAUUACUGAAUAAACUUCAACAGUUCCACAUUAAUGAAGAAACUACUACACUCACAGAAAUCCUAAGCAAUAGACUAAAUGCCAUAGACUACAUACUUAAAUACAUAUAAGUAAACUAAAAAAUUCAAUAAAGCAAAGCUGCCAGAUAUCUUUAAACCUCUUCAUAUAUUCAUUUAAUAAUUCCAUAGCCAUAAUUGUAAUUCUUUAAGAAUCCCCCCACAUAUAGCUUUUUUAAUUAUGUUAUUUUGUUGAUUGAUUAUAAUAAGUUAUUUCCCAAUUUAUUUUAUAAUACAUCUAUUUAAGAAAUUUCAUAGCAUUAAACUACAUCAAGUGAGCAUUUUUUGUAUCACAAUCAUACAUUUUGUGAUUGUGUUAGUAUUUUAAGAGCUAAUAUAACUUAUAAAUUGAUUUUGAAAUAGUAAAAAUAUAUUCAGUGAAUUACUUCGAUACAGAUUUGUACAUAUCGUCGUUUAAAGUACAAAACCGCGUAUCGUCAUUCUGCAAAACCGCGCAACUGACAUUGGCUG